UCUUGUGAGGGCCUAGCAACAGAGAGGAAGGCGGUGCCUAGCAACGAGGGGGGGCGCUCCGUGGAGUGGAAGGGUAGCCCUGGAGGAUCUGUGGGGUCUAGCAACCUGGGAGGACCCUAGCAACGGUGGGGAGUGGGACAGAGCGAAAGUGGAUUUUUGGAGACGAUGUGGCCGGAGGUGGGGGGUUUACUGCGGGGGACUUGUGGACAACUGGGCCGGACAGUUGGUUUGCCUUGUGAGGCCCUGGGGCCUGGGCCUCACUGGUGGGGGCCAUGUGGGGGUUCUUGGGCUCAAAUGUUCCAUAAGGAUGGGCCUGGCAGAGGCCUGGGUGAGGAGGACAUUCGCAGGGCACGGGAGGCCCGGAUGAGGAAGACACCCCGGCCCCAGCUGAGUGACCGCUCUCAAGAACGCAAGGUGCCCGCUUCCCGCAUCAGCCGCUUGGCCAACUUUGGGGGACUGGCUGUGGGCUUGGGGCUGGGAGCGCUGGCGGAGCUGGCCAAGAAGUCCCUGUCAGGAGGACGUCUACCGUCAGACAGCAGCUCCGGGCCAGGCUCCAGUCCCUUCCUGUCAGAGGCCAAUGCCGAGCGGAUCGUGCAGACCUUGUGUACGGUGCGGGGGGCCGCCCUCAAGGUCGGCCAAAUGCUCAGCAUACAGGACAACAGCUUCAUUAGUCCCCAGCUGCAGCGCAUCUUCGAGCGGGUCCGCCAGAGCGCCGACUUCAUGCCCCGCUGGCAGAUGCUGAGAGUUCUCGAAGAGGAGCUGGGCAGGGACUGGCAGGCCAAGGUGGCCUCUUUGGAGGAGGUGCCCUUUGCCGCGGCGUCGAUCGGACAGGUGCACCAGGGCACGCUGAGGGAUGGGACGGAGGUGGCCGUGAAGAUCCAGUACCCAGGCGUUGCCCAGAGCAUCCAGAGUGACAUCCAGAACCUGCUGGCGGUGCUGAAGAUGAGCGUGGCCCUGCCUGAGGGCCUGUUUGCUGAGCAAAGCCUGCAGGCCUUGCGGCAGGAGCUAGCUUGGGAGUGUGACUACCGCCGUGAGGCGGCGUGUGCCCAGAACUUCAGGCAGUUGUUGGCGGGUGACCCCUUCUUCCGAGUGCCAGCUGUGAUUGAGGAGCUGUGCACGACACGGGUGCUGGGCAUGGAACUGGCUGGAGGGGUCCCCCUGGACCAGUGCCAGGGCCUGAGCCAGGACCUCCGGAACCAGAUCUGCUUCCAGCUCCUGAGGCUGUGUCUGCGGGAGCUGUUUGAGUUCCGGUUCAUGCAGACGGACCCCAACUGGGCCAACUUCCUCUAUGAUGCCUCCAGCCACCAGGUGACCCUGCUGGACUUUGGUGCAAGCCGGGAAUUUGGGACUGAAUUCACAGACCAUUACAUUGAGGUGGUGAUGGCAGCAGCCAAUGGAGACAGAGACCGGGUCCUGCAGAAAUCCCGGGACCUCAAGUUCCUCACAGGCUUCGAAACCAAGGCAUUCUCGGAUGCCCACGUGGAGGCGGUGAUGAUCCUGGGGGAGCCCUUCGCCACCCAGGGCCCCUACGACUUUGGGGCAGGUGACACUGCCCGCCGGGUGCAGGGUCUCAUCCCCGUGCUGCUGCAGCACCGGCUGCGCCCGCCGCCUGAGGAGACCUAUGCCCUGCACCGCAAGCUGGCAGGGGCUUUCCUGGCCUGCGCCCGCCUCCGCGCCCACAUCGCCUGCCGGGACCUCUUCCAGGACACCUACCACCGCUACUGGGCCAGUCGCCAGGCCGAGCCUCUGCCUGCAGCCUCCUGACCAGAAGGGACAUGGGUUCAGACCCUUUAGAUGGCCUCCAUCCCAGGAUUCUGAUCCCAAAGCAGGCCACCCACUGCUGUGAUGCCUCCUUCCCAUUCCCCUGCAGGUCUGGGGACCACCCAUCGGACUUCCCAGGCUUGCCUAGCUCCCUUCCUUGGCGCUGGGGAAACCUCUGGCUAGGGAACUCCCAACUUGACACUCCCAUAUCUUGAUCUUCCUACUCCCAUGUGGGCAUCCAGGAACUCUACUUCAGGGAUUAACUUAUUUUUGCCAACAUUUAAGAGUCUUAGGCCCUCUGCCCCCAGUCAUGCAGAUCCAGACUCAUCUAGAUGGGGAGCCCCACACCUCUGCGUCAGGUCUUGCACAGAUGUGGCCAGUGAAAGGGGAGGGGCGGUGAUUGGUGGAGGCAACCCUCAUCUUUGCUGCCCUCAUCCCUCCACCCGCCUCCAUCCUUUCUGUGUGUUGGGGAGGGGGUAAGGGAGGGUGUUUGAAACUUCAGUCAGAAUAAAAGUGGCUCUCCCCUUC